AGGGUCUCCGUUGGAGCUGAUGUUUGUUAAAAUACAGCACUCGCGGUUUCUCUUAGAGGGUUGGACUUGUCAGCAGCAGAAACUUAGUGUUUCUUUUGUGACUUGAGAGUCAUCUUGUCCCCAUUCCACUUGCUCUGUAGCACCUACACCGUGGCCCCGGCAUGUGACCCUUAGUGAGACCAAAACAUAAGCGAACCAGCAGUGGUCCUUGGUCCGUCUUUUAUCACAUGGGGGGCGGGGAGAGGUGUUUUGCUUUUGGUCUGGUGGUCCUAUGUCCCGUUCUUAGGGCUGGUCUCAGGCCUGCAUGGCUCUUAUGUACUUAAUUUCUCAUCUAACAUGAACUAGUUUUUACCACAUGUCAGCAAGUCUGGCUUUUAAAUUGAAAUUGUGGGAAAAAGCGAAAAAGACAGGAUCACUAAAGAUAGCAAAUGAUAAAGACUCUGGUAACAACAAUUAACAUAGUGGCAUUUUACCAUUUACUACAUUAUGUUGUUUAAAUAUCAGUGCAGUUGUGAAGUAGAUAUUAUCCCUUUAUUCGUUCAGUGCGACAUGCAGCCAGGCACAAUCCUAGGCCCUGGAUCAAGAUCAAGAUCAAACUCUCUCCUGGAGUUUAUGUUUUAGUUGGAGGACACAAAUUAAGAAUUUCUAAUAGUGGUAAAUGCUAUGAAGAAAGUGAAACGUGUUAAUGGGACAGAGUGCAGAAAACAGGGAAGGUAUGCAGAGCGGGAAACCAAAUGGGCUAGGAUGGUCAGGGAAGUCCUCUGAUAGUGACUAGUGACAGUUAAGCUGAAGCCUGAGUGACAAAAAGGAGCCAGCCAAGUGCAGAUUUGGAAGAAAGUAUUCCCAGCAGGGGCCACAGUAGGUGCAAAGGCUAUGAAAUGGGAACACAAUUGUUUUGUUGGAGAAAUGGAAAGUUCGGGAGAGCAAAUGGGAGAGCAGUUAAAGAGGUUAGGAAGGUAGGCAGAUACCAUGGAGGAAAACCAGGCCCAUAAAGGCCAAAGGAAUUGUACAGUGUCAAGUACUUAGUGAAUCUCAGAGCUGUGGCUUCCAAGUCCCAUCCUCUUUUCAUUGCAUUGUGCUGUGUUUUCCUAGGAAGUCUAGGACACAAGCAGAAGAUAUGAAAACAAGGCUGGCAGCUUCAUCACCGGAAUUGAUGUCACCUCCAAGGAAGCAAUUGAAAAGAAAGAACAGCGAGCCAAGCGCUUCCAUUUUCGAUCAGAAGUAAAUCUUGCCCAAAGAAAUGUAGCCUUGGACCGAGACAUGAUGAAGAAAGCAAUCCCCAAAGUGAGACUGGAGACAAUCUACAUUUGUGGAGUAGAUGAGAUGAGUACCCAGGAUAUCUUUUCCUAUUUUAAAGAAUAUCCUCCUGCUCACAUUGAAUGGCUGGAUGAUACCUCCUGUAAUGUGGUUUGGCUGGAUGAAAUGACAGCCACACGAGCCCUUAUCAAUAUGAGCUCUCUGCCAGCCCUGGACAAGAUAAGAAGCAGGGAUGCCAAUGAGGACAGGUCAUCUGAGAAAAGUAAAAAAGACAAGCAGGAAGACAGUUCAGAUGAUGAUGAGGCUGAAGAAGGAGAAGUUGAAGAUGAGAACUCAAGUGAUAUAGAGUUGGACACAUUGUCUCAAGUAGAAGAAGAGUCUCUGCUAAGAAAUGAUCUUCGUCCAGCUAACAAACUUGCUAAAGGAAAUAGGUUAUUCAUGAGAUUUGCUACAAAAGAUGACAAAAAGGAACUUGGAGCAGCCAGAAGAAGUCAGUAUUACAUGAAAUAUGGGAAUCCAAAUUACGGAGGCAUGAAAGGAAUUCUUAGUAAUUCUUGGAAGCGAAGAUAUCAUUCCCGUCGCAUUCAGCGGGAUGUGAUCAAGAAGAGAGCCCUGAUUGGGGAUGACGUUGGCUUGACGUCCUAUAAACACCGACAUUCCGGACUAGUACAUGUUCCAGAGGAACCCAUUGAAGAGGAAGAAGAGGAGGAGGCAGAGGAGGACCAGGACAUGGAUGCAGAUGACAGGGUGGUGGUGGAGUACCACGAGGAGCUGCCAGCUCUCAAGCAGCCCCGGGAGCGGAGCACCUCUGGGCAGUCCAGUGCCAGUAGUUCAGACUCCGAUGAAAUGGACUAUGACCUAGAAUUGAAAAUGAUUUCCACUCCUUCACCAAAGAAAAGCAUGAAAAUGACCAUGUAUGCUGAUGAAGUGGAAUCCCAGUUGAAAAAUAUUAGGAACUCCAUGAGGGCAGAUACUGUAUCCACAAGCAAUAUCAAAAACCGAAUUGGUAACAAAUUACCAACUGAGAAAUUUGUAGAUGUCCGACAUCUGUUAGAUGAAAAACGUCAGCACACACGUCUACGGCCACCAGGCAGCAAUACUAAGUCAGAUAUACGCCAGCGGUUAGGAAAAAGACCAUAUUCUCCAGAAAAGGCUUUUGGUAGUAACCCAGUCUUUCGGAGAGAGCCUUUUUCUGAUGUACAUAGUAGGCUGGGUGUUCCCAGGCAAGACAUUAAAGGCCUCUACUCUGAUACUCGGGAGAAGAAAUCAGGUAGUUUAUGGACGCGCUUAGGAUCUGCACCCAAGACCAAAGAAAAGAACACGAAGAAGGUGGAUCACAGGGCGCCAGGCACUGAGGAAGAUGACUCUGAGCUGCAAAGGGCAUGGGGGGCUCUGAUAAAGGAGAAAGAACAGUCUCGCCAAAAGAAGAGCCGCUGUUACCAGCACCCUUUUCCCAAGAAAAGUCAAUUCCCAGGUGCUUAUUGGACAGCCUUCGAGGGGGAAGAUGAGGGAAGCUGCCAGCUCACCCUUCCAGGACCCUAGUGUGGGGGCCGGAUCUCAUGGACCUGACCUCAGAGGUGCACCGGUGCCGCCCAGGUAGAUAAGAGAUGCAGCAUCGAUCGUGCUUCCGUUCCUCCCUGGGGAGUUCUGCUAGGGGCAUCUUAGCAAUCAGCUUGAAGUGAAGAUCAAGUUCAGUGCUGUGGGAUUUUUAGGAACAAAAAACUGUGACUUCUGGAUUUGGGUGGAUUUUUGUGCUGAGGUGGGGUCAUG